AAAUACAUGUACAUGUAAGGAGGACAGAUACCUUAGCAGCAUUAUAAUUUUGUUUUUUUCAUUUUUCAGGUAGAGUUGCAUUUGAGGGAGAACUUUUACAACAUUGACAUUCUCAUGCUGUUGGAGAUGUUUGUACAUCUAAUUUAUAUAGACAAAGUUGCUGUCAACUUCAGCGAAUAUAUUUUUGCACCGUUGUUCCUUGGCAUUGUAACUGAAAUGAAGGUUGAAGAUCGACUGAAAGCAACAAGGUGUAUAAGAAUCAUUGAGAUGGUAUUCACUAUACGAAAAUUUUUACCUCAAACUACCCUUCCAGUUGAUGAGGAAAUGGAUUGGAGAAUUGGUGAUACAGGUACUCAUGCAGUGAUACUACCAGUAUUCACCAGAAUCCUGGGGGAUCCAUCACACAUCCAGGAAAAACAUAGACCUACAGGUUCUGGCUGUUAUUUAGAGAUGCAGUACAAUGUGUUGGCUGAAAAAGCUGGCAUGGCGGCCCGUUUUCAUGACAAUGACAAGAUAGCAUUUCUAGUUAUGACUCAAGAUUCAUUCUGCAAUAACAAGAAACAUCAUAUGCUAGGUGAAGAAAUGACCAAUAUAAGGCUGCUGCAAGAACUAGGAUUAACUGUUGUCUGGGUUCACAAUGACAAGAUAGAGGAACUGGACAAAGAGAACAAACUGGAUUCAUUUGUCAAAUCAUUAUUUGUGCAGUUACUUGAGAAUGCAGAAGAAAAUCUAGCAGGAUCUGCAAGCGUUGCCGAAAACGCUGAACCUUUCGGUGGAGAAGGAGAUGAGGUUUACACAGAAGAUGAGAUAGAGGAUUUUUAAACAGUAAUUUGUUGAACACUAAUUCUGUGACAUGUUUUGAGAAAACAUUUGAAAAAAAAUGGAUAUGCAAGCUAACCUGCAUUACAGGUCACCUGUAUGUGAAGGGCUUUUAGUUUCUCAUGAAAAGCCUUAAAGUUUGUUAUGUGUGACCUUGCUCAGAAUGGUCAUAUUUAGGUGAGACAUUGCAAUCCACAGUUGAAUUAGCUUUAUUUAUAUAUAUAGAGAGUACCCCUGUCUAACACAGUCAGGAGCUAGCUAAAAAAUUGAUUGACAUUUUUUGUUCUGAUAUUUAAUAAAAUUCUCAGAUGAUAAAGGGGUAAAGAACAAUGCAAUACCUGUGAAAUUAGGAUUUAGAUUAUUUGAGUAAAUCUGUUGUAAUUUGCAAACACAAAUUGCAAACAUAGAAAUAUUUUGCCCAUUGCAGGAGUAAAAACGUGUCAAAAUUAACAUUAUAGUAAGAAGUAUUGACCGUUAUUGAAGGGUAGUUCAAAGUAUACGUCUAUAAAUAGAUGUUUUGCUGGGACAAGGCAGUGAGUUUGAAGAUGGAUAAUGUAUGAAUUAUCAGAGUUUCAGCGCUUCAUUUCCUGCAUUCUGGGGCAUUUUUGCAGCAUUUUAGAACAUCUUUUCCACUGCAUUUUUAAAUACAAUAUACCCCUUAUUUUCACAUUUUUAUGAGCUCACCUGGUAAAUCUGGAGAAAGUAAUAAAAAUGAGUUUACAAUGUCAUGUUCAUGAAUGCAUUUUUCAAGUCCUAAAAUGUUAAUAUCUAACUUGUCAGUUUUAUUUUAUAUUUUAGAAAGAGAAAUUGCACCAUUCUGCAGAUGACUUUGUGUUUUUAGUGUUGGAACUUGUGAAUAUUUUACUUAAUAUUUUUAAACUAUAUAUAGUAUGAAAUGGACUUUUUUUAUUUUUAUAGUGAAGAACUUACAUGUUGUUAAAAAUAAGCAUGAUGCAUACUGGUUUUGAACAGAUCUGAUUUCAUUCAGUGACAGCCUGGGAUAUAGGGGACACAUGUCUAUAGCGGUCACUUUCAAUCAAUCCCUUAGAUUACCUCUACAUACAUGUUAAGAUGUUGUUGAUUUAUAAUCUCAUUGUUUUCAUGUGUUGUUGUACCAUCUUUGUUAGCUCACCUGAGCACAAAGUGCUUAAGGUGAGCUUAUGUGAUCGCCCUGUGUCCGUUGUUCGUCCGUCGUCAGUCGUCCGUCUGUCAUAAACAAUUUGACUGUUAACACUCUAGAGGUCACAAUUUUGGCCCAAUCUUAAUGAAACUUGGUCAGAAUGUAACCCUCAAUAAAAUCUUAGACGAGUUUGAUAUUGGGUCAUCUGGGGUAAAAAACUAGGUCACCAGGUCAAAUCGAAUGAAAAGCUUGUUAACACUCUAGAGGUCACAAUUUUGGCCCAAUCUUUAUGAAACUAGGUCAGAUUCUUACCCUCAGUAAAAUCUUGGACUAGUUUGAUAUUGGGUCAUCUGGGGUCAAAAACUAGGUCACCAGGUCAAAUCAAAGGAAAAGCUUGUUAACACUCUAGAGGUUACAAUUUUGGCCCAAACUUAAUGAAACUUGGUCAGAAUGUAACCCUCAAUAAAAUCUUGGACGAGUUUGAUAUUGGGUCAUCUGGGGUCAAAAACAAGGUCACCAAGUCAAAUCAAAGGAAAAGCUUGUUAACACUCUAGAGGUCACAAUUUUGGCCCAAUCUUAAUGAAACUUGGUCAGAAUGUAACCCUCAAUAAAAUCUUGGACGAGUUUGAUAUUGGGUCAACUGGGAUCAAAAACAAGGUCACCAGGUCAAAUCAAAGGAAAAGCUUGUUAACACUCUAGAGGUCACAAUUUUGGCCCAGUCUUAAUGAAACUUGGUCAGAAUGUAACCCUCAAUAAAAUCUUGGACGAGUUUGAUAUUCGGUCAUCUGGGGUCAAAAACUAGGUCACCAGUUCAAAUCAAAGGAAAAGUUUGUUAACACUGUAGAGGCCACAUUUAUGACUGUAUGUAUCUUCAUGAAACUUGGUCAGAAUUUUAAUCUUGAUGAUCUCAAGGUCCAGUUUAAAUCUGGGUCAUCUAGGGUCAAAAACUAGGUCACUGGGUCAAAUCAAAGGAAAAGCUAGUAAACACUCUAGAGGCCACAUUUAUGACCAUAUCUUAAUAAAACUUGGUCAGAAUGUUAAUCUUGAUGAUAUAUAGGUCAGGUUCAAAUCUGGGUCAGAUGGGGUCAAAAACUAGAUCACUAGGUCAAAUCAAAGGAAAAGCUUGUUAACACUCUAGAAGCCACAUUUAUGACUGUAUCUUCAUGAAUCUUAGUCAGAAUGUUAGUCUUGAUGAUCUUUAGGUUAUGUUCUAAUCUUGGUCUUAUGGGGUCAAAAACUAGGUCACUGGGUCAAAUCAAAGGAAAAGCUUGUUAACACACUAGAGGUCACACUUUUGGCCCAAUCUUAAUGAAACUAGGUCAGAAUGUUACCCUCAAAAAAAUCUUGGACGAGUUUGAUACUGGGUCAUCUGGGGUCAAAAACUAGGUCACCAGGUCAAAUAAAAGAAAAAGCUUGUUAACACUGUAGAGGCCACAUUUAUGACUGUAUGUAUCUUCAUGAAACUUGGUCAGAAUUUAACUCUUGAUGAUCUCAAGUUCCGGUUUGAAUCUGGGUCAUUUAGGGUCAGAAACUAGGUCACCAGGUCAAAUCAAAGAAAAAGCUAGUUUACACUGUAGAGGCCACAUUCAUGACCAUAUCCUAAUGAAAUUUGGUCAGAAUAUUAAACUUGAUGAUUCCUAGGUUAGGUGAGCGAUACAGGGCCUUCAUGGCCCUCUUGUUUUGAAUUUUAAAGAUGUAUUAGGUAUUUUUACUUUCAGACCUCAAAAUUACAAGGUCAUUUAAACAGCAAAAUACACAUUUUGUUGUGGCAUAUAAGUAAAUCAUGAUGUUAUCAAACUCCAGAAAGUUGAUACAAAUAUAUUUUCAGACUAUAGUAGGCAAAGUACAAGAAAAUGGGAUGAUUUCAGUUAUAUUAAUCUAACCUGUAAUUAUUAGAACAGCUGUAUAUUAAAUGUGGAUCUAGUAGAAAGGAAUAAUGUACGGUGGAUUCCCUCCAGACUAGAACCACUUAAACCUAGAAAUUCCUCCAGACUGAACAAACGGUGAGGUUGAGAUAAAAAUGAUGUUUUGUAAUGGCUUUAUCUUGCAAUGCACAAAAUACAUUGUUGGAAUAUU